AUGCCAACCAUACACGAGCGAAUCCGUGAGGAGAUCCUCAGAAAAGAGCGCGCUCUCUGGACAGCGCUCACAUCGGCUGAUCCACCACCACAAAUCAAAAAACUGAGCAACCCGGAAGUCGUCUUAUUGUUCCCGAAAAUGCCAAUCCUCACCUUGGAAGACGAAGAACAAUUCGACGAAUGCUUGAAACCUCCAUUCCAUCGCUUUGACGGAUUCCAACUUGAUGAUGUGCGCACGAUUAUUAUUGACUUGAUGGCGGGAUCUAUCACAUAUAAGGUUUAUGCUGUUCGUGGGGAUCAAGAAUAUCGAGCGACGGGCUCUACUACUUGGAGUCAAGCGGCGGACGGUGAAUGGCGGAUUGUGACGCAUCAUGAGACUCUUUUGUAG